GGGAGCCGCGGCGGCAGCGGCGGGUCCUCGCGCACGGCAGGGCGGCCUGGGCUUCGGCCUCCCUCCGGUUCCUAGGAAGCGGGCCGACGGCCAUCGCGGGAGCAGCGGCGGCAGAGACCGAGGCUCCGGCGCGUCUCUCUCCUCCCCUUGAGCCUGAGCCGGGGGAGGCCAGGCGGCCGGGGUGGCUGGAGGGGGGUCCGCUGCCCGAGAAUGGGAAUUCUCUUCACCAGGAUAUGGAGACUGUUCAAUUACCAGGAGCACAAAGUUAUCGUUGUUGGGCUGGAUAAUGCGGGAAAAACUACCAUCCUUUACCAAUGUUCUAUGAAUGAAGUUGUACAUACGUCCCCAACAAUAGGAAGUAAUGUAGAAGAGAUAGUGAUUAAUAAUACACGUUUUCUAAUGUGGGCUAUUGGUGGCCAAGAAUCUCUUCGUUCUUCGUGGAACACUUACUAUACUAACACAGAGUUUGUAAUAGUUGCUGUGGACAGUACAGAGAGAGAAAGGAUUUCUGUAACUAGAGAAGAACUCUAUAAAAUGUUAGCCCAUGAGGACCUAAGGAAAGCUGGAUUGCUGAUCUUUGCUAAUAAACAAGAUGUUAAAGAAUGCAAGACUGUAGCAGAAAUCUCCCAGUUUUUGAAACUAACUUCUAUUAAAGAUCACCAGUGGCAUGUCCAGGCAUGCUGCGCUCUUACUGGCGAGGGAUUAUGCCAAGGACUUGAAUGGAUGAUGUCACGACUUAAGAUUAGAUGAUCUCUACUGACCUAUUCUCAUAGACUUUGUAUAAAUGAAGUGCUGGACUUUACCUGAAAGCUGCAAAAAUUAAUGGUUUAGAUAUAUUUAUAAUAAACUGAUUUAAACAGUUAAACUUUUUCUAUAAGAAGAAAAAUUAAGACCACUUAUUUGAAAACAAAGAUGAAGUCUCACCUUUCCAUCUGCUUUCUCAUUAGUUCCUUCCAAAGCAAGGUCUUAAAGCUGUGAUGGGCAUUUUUCUCAUAAAGAAUCAUCUCAGGACAUUGUGUAGCCUGUGCUGGAACUGCAGCUUGUGACCAUGGGGUGAUGAGUCAAGGACGAAACCAAUAUACUAAGGAUGGCAGACUGGAAAGAGGAAGCAUCUG